UCUCUUGAAACACGUGAAAUAUGUGGCUAGCUGCGGUCGUGCUGACCACGAUACUUGGAGGUGGGGCGGCAGACCCGUGGUGGAGCAAUGCUGUCUACUACAGUAUACUUGUCGAUUCAUUUAAAGACUCAAACGGAGAUGGCCUCGGUGAUUUACAAGGUGCAACCAAACAACUAAGUUAUGUCCGUGCGUUGGGUGCUGACGCCGUAAUCUUGUCUUCCAUAUCCGCGAAAAGCAUGAACUGCGACAAACCUGGUACCACAGAUUUCGCAGAAAUAGACGAGAGGUAUGGAAACUUGGAUGUGUUUGAACGGCUUACGGAAAAGGCAAAGAAAUUGGAGCUCAAAUUGGUGAUUACUUUGACAAUAGAGACAAUCAGUUCGAGUUCCGAACUGUUUAAUUUUAGCGCUGAACGGAAGUCUGGAUUUGAAGAUAAAGUUGUUUGGAGAGAUGGAAAUCCUGAUGAAACGCCACUAGAGGAAGUUGGUAUAAACGACUGGAUAUGGCACGAUGAACGAAAAGCGUAUUACGGUUCUUCGCGUAAUGAGGCAGUUUUAAAUCUCUGUUCUGAAAGUUUAGCAGCUAUGUUGUCGAACUCUCUAUGUACUUGGCUGAAAAGAGGCAUCGCUGGAAUUCUCCUUAACCCUGACUUUCGGUCGAAUCAUGAAUGCGGCGUGCAACUUGUCAAAAAAAUGGUAGUUUCUGCCACAAGCUGUUCUCGGGCAAAUAACAUGGAAGCACCAGUUAUUUUAGUCGAAUCUUCGCUAGGAGCUGAAACCAACGCUAAAUAUUACGGGGAAGGAGGUUUGGGCGCCAAUAGUGUAAUAAGUUAUGAUUUCGCUUCGCCAGCCAAGCGGCCGGCGGCAAGCUUGGCGCUCGCUCUGCACGCCACACUGUUAUUCCCACCGCAAGAUAUGACCCCCACUUGGCUCACGAGCAAACGGAACGAAAGUAGAAUAGCAACACGAUAUGGCAGUGAAAUGGUAGAUGCCAUAAUUUUAACAACUCUAGCACUGCCAGGAGCUACGAUAAUUCAGCAAGGAGACGAGCUAGGUGCAGCGGAUACCAUUCUAGAAUGGGCCAGUACAUCAAAAUGCUGGCCGAUACAAACGGUUGCGUCAGCAGCACCGUUUCCAUGGGAUGACACUCCUACUGCUAGCUUUACUUCUGGUGAUCCCUGGCUACCAUUAGCUCCAAAUUACAGAUAUGCCAAUGCAAAGAGUGAAUAUGCGAAUGACUUGAGUCAUAUGGGUGUACUGAAAGUUGCAUCAGCUAUAAGAAAGUCACCUGCUGUCGGUCCAUAUUUGGAGAUUCAUAGGCUCGGAGAGGCGCUUGCUAUACUAAGAUGGGGCGGAUCAGGUUCUUUGCUUGUCGUUUCUAAUUUCGGUCGAGAAAAAACUGAAGCUGUAUUUUCAAGAGUCCCGGGCUUGCCCACAGAAAUGACUGUGGCUGCUAGUUCCGGAGGAUCCAGCUUGACACUAGGUUCCCACGUAAACUUAGAAAAGAAUUUGAAACUUGUUCCCGGCGAAUCUUUUUUAUUAGUUGGGCCUCCAAGACACUGCAGUGGCCCGGGACCAGUGGACAAGAUCGCGAACAAAUUAUCCGAAGGCUGGCAGAAAAUCAACAAGUACUUUGGAAAUCUAUAACACGAGUAUAUACUAUCGAAAAUUUGCUCGUACAUGUCUCAUUAUAUUUAAACACUUUAUCAAUUUACGGUUUACAGUUUAUACGAUAUUUGACAUUCAGCGCAUCGUAUACACUUUAAAUAUAUAUUUGAGCUCUGGUAUCAUUGAAACUAAUUCCAGAUAUUCAUAUAGGUCUUACUGAAUCUAAUAUAAUCAUCAAUAUAAAUGAAAUGUUAUUCGAUUUAAUAAAAUUUAAAUGCUUCUAUGUGUCCUUUCUACCGCCACAUUUAUAGAAAGAACAGAAACAGGCCACGCUAGACAACAGGCGUGCAACCUCGUACUACAGCAGCUACGCUCUACGAUCGGCGGACAUUAGCCUACAUUUGCAUUGUGCAUUUCAUUCCCUAUUGUGUUUUCCGUAUGACCUAUUUUCCUAUGAAUCUUAUGAGCUAUAUCAUUUACAUACGCAUCUCCUUUUGUGGUAUUACUUUUUUAAUAAUGCUCAAUGUCGGUACUUUUCUGAUGAGUUAUUGAGUCAAUGAGAAAUAUAUUCAUAUCUAAAAU